AUGGGCUCCAGUGCACGAAAGAAGAGAGAGAAAACGAAAGACUUUCAAAAACAAAAAUUGAAAGUGGGCAAGGCGAAACCUAGGGCUGAGAACCAUACCAACACGAGUUUCAGGUCUCAAGUUAUUGUUCUGAACCAACAGCUGGAUAUCAAUGCGCCUUCACAGUCAGCAGUAUUUCUUCACCAAAUCUCUCUUCUCAAUUCACGAUCCGACUCUCAAAGGAGAGAUGCCCUUGCCUCCUUGACUACUUACGUCGCUUCAAGCCUACCGGCAAGCGGUUUACCAGUUCCCACCAGUUCCCUUCUCAGCAGCAUUUGUCCUCUCAUGCUCGACGGCUCGGCAGGCGUUAGAAACCAGUUGCUUAAGCUCUUCCGGGCGCUACCCUGCGAGGAUGUCCGAGACCAUGUGAACAAAGCUUUGCCCUACUUACGUGCGGCUAUGACACAUUUAUCACGGGACAUACGACUCUCGUCGCUUGACUUUGUAUCCUUCAUGAUCAAAGCCGCGGGGCUCGAAUUGAUAUCGUGCCCUGGCGGUUGGCACCAGACCCUCGAGUGCUUUACAACGGUCCUAGGGUGGAGGUCAACCGACGCCAGCAGAUGGUCCGCCAGUAAAGCAUCGUUUGCAGGAGAUCCCAAAUCCACUGCUCGAGUAAUGCAAGUUCUCGCUGAAUUCUUGCAUGCAGGUCUAGUUACAGAUGAGCAAUCUUCUUCUGGAACUAGCGCAGUACUUGCAGGAUUUCCCCUAUGGGAAGUUGAAACAGUCCUUGUACCCGGCAAAUCUAAUGCGUACGCCCAUCUAAAUCUCUUCGGUCCACAACCAGAGGAUGAAAACCAAAUACUUGACGACCAACAGGAUAGAUUGCAGGACUUUGCACGAAAUUUUCAGGCGCCUAUCUGGGCCGGCAUUGAUGCUGCAAGGAAGGAAGGCGGAGAGCUGGGCCGUGCCUCAGGCCUACUACUCAAAAUACUGGAGCGCGCACAGAGUUCUUGA